ACUGUACCCUUCGAUAUAGAAGAGCAAGCAUCAUUUGUCCAAGACUGCAAGGCUUUCUACAAGGAGACGAGUUUCUACAAACUGAUCAUACCUGAACUGCUGUAUGGUCUCAAAGACAAAUCGUGGGUGGCAGAGUAUUAUUUAGUAAAGAACGACCUACUGGUUUUCGAGGAUCUCAAGUCUAGAAACUUUUCGAUCAAGUCUGCACACCUGAAUCUAUCAGUUCUGAAAUCAGGUCUGACAGCGUUGUCGAAACUACAUGGCUCCACAUUACUGGCAGAAAAACGUCUUGGAAAAUCUUUCGGUCAAAUUUAUUCAGAACAACUUCAAGAGUCCCUGUUCGUUCGUGAAAGCAAAGUCUACGAGUGGUUCAGUACGAGCGUCAACGUUUUUGUAGCGAUAGCUAAACAACUCAAAUUAGACCAUACCUGUAUUCCCAAAGUUUACGAUCGUAUAUUUGAGUUUAUCAAAGCUUCGAAGACGAGACGUAAUGUCAUCUGCCAUGGGGAUUGCAAAUCUUACAAUUAUUUGUUCGACGAUUCACGACCUAUCCCAAAAUGCGUUAUAGUGGACUUUCAACUUGUGCGUUAUGUACCCGCGAUUAUUGAUGUUUUGCAAUUGAUGUAUUUGACAACCAGGCGAAAAUUCCGGGAUGACAAUGAGAAACUAUUGUUGAAACAUUACCAUGAAGUUUUGUGUAAGUUCAUGAGGGAUCACGAUGAGGAAAUGGAUGUACCUAAACUUACAGAUGUUUUGCAAGAGUAUGAAGAAACGAGUGCAGUAGGGUUGAUAAUGUCCGCCUUAUAUUCACCAAUAAAUCUCAUAGAUACGACCUUGUGCGCCGAUUUGACACAAAAUUCUGAUGGGUUUGCCAAGGUUUUUUUUAAAGAAAGGGACCAUUUUGUGCUGGAUCUUAUGGAGAAGGAUGCUUUCUACAAAGACGUUCUUAAUGAAAUUGUCAGCGAAAUGGUUCAGAAAUCGAAGCAUUUUCUAAAAUAGUGAUAUAAUUAUUAUUUCAAGUCUCACAGUAUUUAUAAUGUACGUGUGUGUAUGUAUUCUUUUUAUGUUUUAAUAAAUGUAUUAUAGUCAA